AGUCACGUGAGGUGAUCUGAAGAAAAGCACGGCAAAGCAAAGCAAAAGUCGUUUCUUUCGAUUCAAUUAACCCCCGCGAAAUCUCUUUGCAGAUCAACGAACUCAUCUUCGGAUUAUCUUACCUUAACCAACCCGGAUCCAGUUUUGAUCUUUGUGAUCUUUUUUUCUUUUGUGGGGUUUAGUUAUUGCAGACAAAAGUCGCGUUUUCCGCGUGGGUUUGGAGAAUUCGUCAAUGGAGGAACUUAAAAUCUCUACUCGUCCAAGUAUCAGCUUCAGGCCGAUAAACCCUUCUGAUUUAGAACGUCUGGAGCAAAUCCAUCGGGACAUAUUCCCAAUCAGGUACGAGUCUGAGUUUUUUCAGAAUGUUGUCAACGGUGGUGAUAUCCUCUCUUGGGCUGCUGUUGAUCGGAGCCGCCCUGAUGGUCUUUCUGACGAACUUAUUGGGUUUGUCACUGCUAAGAUCGGGCCUGCUAAAGAAACCGAAAUAUCAGAUUUAAUAAGAUAUAACUCUUGUAAGGGAGAGGAGACCUUGGUGUACAUCUUAACCCUUGGAGUUGUAGAAAGCUACAGAAAACGUGGAAUAGCUAAGUUGCUUAUUAAGGAGGUCAUCAAAUAUGCGUCUAGCGUCCCUGUAUGCCGUGGUGUUUACCUUCAUGUGAUUGCACACAACAAUCCUGCAAUCAGAUUGUACAAAAGAAUGUCUUUCAGAUGUGUAAGGAGGUUACACGGAUUCUACAUAAUCAACGGCCAGCAUUUCGAUUCUUUCUUGUUCGUCUACUUUAUCAAUGGUUCUCGCUCUCCUUGCUCACCCUUUGAUCUUGUGGUGUUCGUUCUUAAUUAUAUGAGGAGCGGGAUCAAAUCGGUCGCAUCAAAGCUAACAAUGAAACACGAACAGAAAGGCUUGAAAUGGCUUAAAUGCAAAGACAUUACGCGGUGUCUCUUGCCCACUCAGACCAAACGAAAUCUUGCAUCCGAAAGAGUAUCAUCCGGCUACGAUUACGUUUAGUGUUUUAGUCUCUGAUUCAUAGAAUUCAUUUCCAUGUCUUAGCUCUGGUUAUGUAAUAAAAAUGUAAAUAUUUUCUGAUAGAAAAAAAAAAAUUCUCUUUGGGAGUAGGUGUUAA